AUGGUGGAACGAACAUACAACUCAAUCAGAACACAUAAACAGACACGAUUAUCACAAAGGCCCAUUUCCAAGAAAACAAGUUCAACGAUGCGGGAAACAUUUGGGUUAGAUUCUGAAAAGAAUUCUGAAAAUGUAUUUUAUUUCAGAAGUCAGGUUCUUCGAGAACUUGAAAUGAAGAAUCGAAUGGAAUGUCCGUCGCUCGAUGAAAUUUUUUCAUUUUAUCAUUUUCCAUGGGAAAAGUUUCGAUAUAGGAAGAAUUCGCAGAAAAAGAAGAGAUCAACAUUGUAUUCUUUCUAUUUCGAACAAGUCAACACUUGUUAUUUCAAUAUUAUCAUUUUUCCAUGCCAAAAGGACGGAACUCGUUUGUAUUGCAAGUAUCAUUUCCUGUGUGGUAAAUUUUCGUUUUUGAAUUUUAUAUCUAAACCCCAAAUUCAGAUAAUUUCCGCUUGCACAUCAAUGCGUACUUCUGUCACAUAUCUUCUCAUAUUUUCAACAUAUUCUCUUUUGCCAAUGUCUUUUAUGUUAAUGAUUUUUUCAACGUUCUCCUUAACAUUUCUCGUAGCGUUUCUCGGUGUUCUGUCGGACUACACAAUUGGAUAUGAUAUUAUUCUCACCAGGAUAAUGAUGGUGAUUUUGGUGAAUGUUGUGGGAAGUUUGGUUUAUUAUCCAACCGAGUUUGUCCAAAGGAAAACGUUCCAUGAGACGAGGAAGUGUGUUCAGUCCCGAAUGUUACUUGACAAGGAAAUGCACAGACAAGAGAAGAUUCUACUAGCUGUUCUCCCGAAAAAUAUAGCGUUCGAGGUGAAAAAAGACAUGCAAGACACGCACGAAGAACGGAUGUUUCACAAGAUUUAUAUCCGGAAAUACGAAGAUAUCAGUAUUCUUUUUGCUGAUAUCUGUGGAUUUACAAAUCUCGCUUCGGAGUACAAUCCUAAAGAUUUGGUUCUUAUGCUCAACGAGUUGUUCGCUCGUUUCGACAAAGUUGCAUCGAUUCAUCAAUGCAUGAGAAUCAAAAUUCUAGGAGACUGUUAUUAUUGUGUCUGUGGAGUACCGGAAUAUCAGAAGAAUCAUGCAAUAAACACCGUUGAAAUGGGUCGAGAUAUGAUCGAAGCAAUCCGUCUUGUUCGAGAAAUGACACUUGUCAAUGUGAACAUGAGAGUUGGUAUUCAUACUGGAAAAGCCCAUUGUGGAGUAUUGGGAUUGAAAAAGUGGCAGUUUGACGUAUGGAGCAAUGAUGUGACACUGGCGAACCAAAUGGAAAGUGGUGGAUUACCAGGACGAGUCCAUAUCACUGAUGCAACUCGAAAGUACCUGAAAGGUGCUUACAUUCUGGAGGAAGGAAAUGGUGCCAGUAGAUCAAAGUUUUUGGAGAAGGAAAAGAUCAGGACGUGGCUUGUGGUAGAUAGAAGUCCAGAUUAUGACAUGAUCUGUGAAGAAACUACCAACCAUCCAUUGACGAUUCCAUGGAAAUCUACAAGAGGUAUCAGUAAACAAGAAAGGCUGACUGGAAUGUCUACAAGAACAAGAGGUGCCAGCACGAGAAAUGGAUUGUCUGAAGAAGAAGUUUUAGUUGACAAUGUGGAUUCCCAUUUGAGACAAGGAAUUCAAGCAAUCCAUCAGGAGAAUUGGAAAAGUAUGUAUUGUAAGGAGUGGUCACUGAAGUAUAAACAACUUCGGGUUGAAAACAAGUUUGUGAGAAUGAAAUACAAGGACAUUCCAUUCCAAGUCACUUUGUAUGUUGUGACAGUUUCGAUCUGCACUGGUAUUAAAUUCGGAUGGGCGAGUCUGAACAUGUUCUCAUUCAUCCCACAGAUGUUCAUUCUUAUCACCAGUAUUAUUAUUUUCAUUCUAACUAGGGUUCUCAUCAAAUAUGCUCGAUUAGUUGGGAUGGUUACUAGUGUUCUUUUUGUUUUGCUUUCCAUGCAAAUUGUAGUUCUAAUGGCAAUGUAUCAAUCAAAACUUUCAUGUGAUCUGGAAAGCUGCUUCAAAAACAGCUACACGGAUUUUUUCGAGAUUUUUGAGAUCUGCACUCUGGCUACAUGCGUGAUUUUGUCAGUAGAUUUUCUGACAAAGUUAGUGAUGUCGCUGAUUUACUUCUCUUCGUUUAUCGUUUUGAUUACAAUGAAACUACUAUCCAUCGACAACAAUCAAAACCUAUUUUCAACAUAUGCCAACUUCUGUGUUUUGGCUUGUGUCACACUUUUAUUGCUUGUCUUUAGUACCAGAAGGAGUGAGCUGAUUUCCAGAUACGACUUUAUUUGGAAACUCCAGGCUCUCGACGAACAGCUGCAGAUGAAAAGGAAGCACGAACAGAAUCGAAGUGUACUCGAGAACAUUCUGCCAUCCCAGGUAGCGAAACAUUUCGUUGAAGAUGCUACAAGUGUCUCGAAGCUCUAUCAUGAAUCUCGAGAUAAUGCUUGUAUAAUGUUUGCAACACUGACAGCAUUCGAUAAAUUUUAUAUCGAAUGUGAUGGGAAUAAUGAGGGAGUCGAGUGUCUCCGAUUGCUCAACGAAAUCAUUUCGGACUUUGAUCAAAUUCUGGAUAGAUCAGAGUUCAAGAAGAUUGAAAAGAUUAAAACUAUAUCAACGACAUAUAUGGUAGCAAGUGGAUUGGCAGGAGAGGAAUGUGCUGAUAACUCUCAUGUGGAAGCAAUUGCUCUCUUUGCCAGAGAACUCCUUCUCAAACUAGAAUCUAUCAAUAUUCACAGUUUCAACGAUUUCAAUUUGAGAAUUGGAAUCAAUGUUGGACCAGUGGUAGCUGGAGUUAUUGGUAGUGAUAAACCACAUUAUGAUAUUUGGGGAAACAGUGUUAAUGUGGCAAGUCGAAUGGAUAGUGGAGGAGUUGCUGGAAGGAUACAGGUAACCGAAGAAGUGAAAACAAUUCUUGAACCACUCGGGUAUAAAUUCGAGUGUCGGGGUCAAAUAAAUGUGAAAGGAAAAGGAAUGAUGACGACGUUCUUCCUUUUACCACCAGAGAAUUACGAAUGUCAACUUUACAAGUGA